AUGCAGAAACGCGACGCCGCCAGCGACGAGGAGCUAUCGGAGGAGGAGGUGGAGGAGGUGGAGGGUGAGUUCAGCGACUCGGGCGAUGAGGAGAGCGAGGAGGAGGAGGAGGAGGAGGCUGUAGUCGAGGGCGAGGCUGUAGCUGCCGGAAAGACGGUGGAGGAGGAAGAAGAGGGGGGCGGCGAGGCAGGCAGCGCCAAGGGCGAACAAGAGGCGGUGCCGGAGCCCAAGGUGCAGCGCAAGCGGCUGGAGCCAUUUGAGGUGCCCCAGAGCGGCGACUUCUGGCUGCAUGACGACCGCUUCGACCCGGGGGAGGGCGAGGGCGAGGGCGGCGGCGGCAUGCGCAGCGCCGAGCCCGACGCCGAGCUGGAUGAGCGCCAGAAGGAGCGAGGCAAGCUGUGGGAUGCAUCCAGUAAGGAGCGGUGGGGGCACGACGCGUUUGAGGCGCUGGAGCGCGGCGAGGAGCCGCAGGUCGACAUCGCCGAGACCUUUGGCCGCAUGAGCGUGGGCGGACAGGGACGCGGGAGGGGCGGGCGCGGCGGCGGGCGCGGCGAGGGCCGGGGCCCCGCGUCGGGCAGGGGCGGGCGCGGCGCGCGUGGCGGCCGGGAACCUGUGCAGUACAAUGAUGACGACGGCUACGGCGGCUUUGGAGCGCCGCCAGCCGCCAACACAGCGCCGCCAGCAGUGGCACGCCGCCCGGCCUCCAGGGCCAGCGGCGGGUUUGUGGGGGACAACGAGGAAGACUUCCCGCCGCCCGGCUUUGAGCACAAGCAGCCCGGCAGCGCGCAGGGCCAGUACAAGCCCGGCCGCGGAGCGCAGGCUGGUGCCGCGGCCAACGGCAGGGGCGCAGGCCGCGGCGCGGGGCGUGGCGCUGGGCGCGGCGCUGGCUCAGCCGCUCCCAAGGUGCUGCACGUGCAGGGUGGGCAGGUGGUGGCCGCCUCCGCCGCCGGCGCCAAGUCGCCCGGCGGCGGCCGGCGGCGCCGCGGCAAGCAGCUGAAUGUGGAGGCUCAGCACUUCCAGCCUGGCCAGGCGGCGCCUGCGGAGCGCACGCCCGCGGCGCCGCCGCAGGCGGCUGUCGUUGUGGCGCCCGCUGCCGCGCCCGCGCCUGCCUAUGCCGCCGUGGCAGCCAGUGCCGCGCCCGCUGUGGCUGCGCCUGCUGCCCCCGUCAUGGCUGCGCCCAUCUAUCAUGUGCCCGAGUCGGUGGAGCAGACCAUCCUUCAGCAGCAGCAGCAUGCACAGCACAUGCAGCAGCAGCAGCAGCCCGCACCGGCGGUGGCCGCGGCCCAGAUGGGCGCGCAGCAGUCGGCGGCGGCGUUGCAGCAGAUUGCCAUGGGCGGCGGCUUUGCGCCCACGCUCAUGCACCAGCAGCUGCAGCAGCACCAGAUGCAGGCGCCGCUGCAGCACCAGCAGCUACAGCACCAGCAGCUGCAGCAGCAGCCAAUGCAGCAGCAGCCCAUGCAGCAGCAGCAGCAGCUGCAGCAGGCCAUGCAGUACGUGGCGGUACAGCAGCCCAUGCAGUACGCCACGGGCCCCGGCAUGCAGCCGGGCUACGCCUACGUCGCGGUGCCCUACUCAACAGCCCCUGGCAUGCAAGUGCCAGCCAUGCCCACCUACCAGCCCGCCUACCAGCCCAUGGAGCCCGCCACCAUGCCGGCCGCCCCGCUGCCACCGCAGCCCGUCAAACGCCCCCUCACCAUCUCUGCGCCAGAGGAUGGCUCCAUGGGCUCGCUGCACCCAGCCCAGGCAGCUUACCCUGCCGGCUACGGCAUGGAUGUGAGUGGGGAGGCGAUGCCGCAGCGCGCUGGGGCGGGCGCCGGCAGGCGCUACUCGGCCGUUGACAGGCAAGGCAUGUAG